UUCAACCCAAGUGUUUUCCAAGCAGAUUAUAUUUGCUUAAAUUGCUACAGUAAUUCAUGGGACAGCCUGUCUGGACACACAGUCACUGUGGAUUUUUAAGAGACUCAGUUAAAGAAUUUAGGAAUUUCUGAUUCAUUUACAGAAUUUGCAAAUUCAUCAACUCUUGAAAACUAAAGCAAACUCUACAGAACAACAACAAAAAAGAACAUGGGUGUUUUAAGUCCAAUAUGUGCUCUUUUCUUCUUUCUUGGAGUCAAAGUAUAUGGCCAAUAUGAAAGUUAUCAAUGGGAUGAAGAUUAUGAUCAAGAGUCAGAUGAUGUCUACCAGCCUGAAUUCCAUUUUCAUCAAAAUAUAGAUUAUGGCGCUCCUUUUCCUCAAACUCUAGGCUGCGCCAGUGAAUGCUUCUGUCCGCUGAACUUCCCACUGUCAAUGUACUGUGAUAACCGCAAACUCCAGACCAUCCCAAAGAUCCCUGCACACAUGCGGCAAGUCUACCUGCAGUUCAAUGAGAUAGAGGCAGUGCCUUUAGACUCCUUCGCCAACGCUACUCAUCUUCAAGAAAUCGACCUCAGCCACAACAAAAUUCAGUCUCACAAGAUCGAUGCUGGUGUGUUUGCCAAGCUAGCAAAUCUACUCCAACUUCACCUCCAGCAUAACCAUCUAGAAGAACUUCCCUCUCCGCUUCCUAGGUCUCUGGAAAGACUCCUUCUGGGUUACAACCAGAUCUCCAGACUGCAGGCAAACAUCCUGGAAACGCUCCCAAACCUGACCAUGCUUGACCUCUGCCAUAAUCAGCUAGAUGACUCUACUUUAGGGGAAAGAGUUCUUGCCAAGAUGGAAAAGCUGAUGCAACUCAACCUAUGUUAUAACAAAUUAGCAUCAAUGCCACCUGGUUUGCCACCUUCACUUAUGUAUCUGUCCUUAGAAAAUAACUCCAUUUCUUCUAUACCAGAGAAUUACUUCAAUAAACUUCCAAAACUUCAUGCCAUAAGAAUGUCACACAACAAACUGCAAGACAUCCCAUAUAACAGUUUUAAUCUUUCCAAUCUGGUAGAGCUCAAUGUUGGACACAACAAACUGAAGCAAGCAUUCUAUAUCCCACGGAAUCUAGAACACCUCUACCUAGAGAAUAAUGAAAUCGAAAGUAUCAAUGUUACACUGAUGUGUCCAUCAGCUGACCCACUAAAUAACCACCAUCUGACAUACAUUCGUGUGGACCAAAACAAGCUAAGAGAGCCAAUAGGCUCGUACAUUUUCCUCUGCUUCCCUUAUAUCCAUACCAUCUAUUACGGUGAACAAAGAAGUAGUAAUGGUGAAACAAUACAACUGAAGACUCAAGUUUUCAGAUUCCAUGAUGAUGCUGAUAGUGAAGAGAAUACUGGUCAUAAUGAAGGUCCAGGAGAACAAGUACCAGAAGAAAACAUUGACCCUCACUAUUAUGGAAGUCAGGAAUGGCAAGAAACUAUAUAGGUAUACAUUUAUAAGUUCUCAAAGUCUUAUUACUAAUUUAACUAGGCAUGCAUAGUUCUCAGUAAUAUAUCUAGAAUUAUAGUUUAAAUUUAUUAGUGUUAUAUUUGUGACAUUAUGUAGGAUUAGAUUUUACUCAAAAUGAAACAUGUCUGUAGAAUUGUAAAUUAGAAUUAGGAUUUCUAAUGGCAAUCAAAAGCUAACUUUAAAAAUAAUAUUCCUGGGGCUAGAGAGAUAGUACAGCAGGUAAGGCAUUUUGCCUUGCAUAAAUCUGAUUUGGGUUUGAUCCUCGGCAUCCCAUAUGGGUCCCCCAAGUACCACAAGGAAUGAUCCCUGCGUGUAGAGCCAGGAGCAAAACCUGAAAACUGCCAAGUGU